UUGGAAAAUCGGCGCGUAGUCGCUCACGUGGUGUUCGCCCCGCCCCCUCCUCGCACCGCUCAACACUUAUAUUUAGCGAAAAUCGCCUCUAGGGAGCGGCCCGAGGCGCGUUGGCAGAUACAUCCACGAUCAUCUCUGUUUAUGAACAGAGGUAUUUACCAGAGUCCCUGGUCCUCACAGACGGCCCUAUCAGAAUUGGAGGGAAUGGGUGAACUAGAACCUCUGGGGGAACUGGGAGAAGUCGGCUUUGAGCCACAGACGCGCGCUCGAUCCAACACGUGGCCGUUACCGAGGCCAGAAAACUAUAUCGAACCUGACGACGGUGGCUCAAAGAAAAAUUCAAACCAGAACUUAACUGGUGCACCACCAUUGCCGUCAACGUCAGGCACAACUAAGAAAAAUUCGUCCCGGCGUAAUGCUUGGGGUAAUCUUUCCUAUGCCGAUCUCAUUACUCAAGCAAUUACCUCCUCUCAGGACAACAGAUUAACAUUGUCCCAAAUAUACGAGUGGAUGGUCCAAAAUGUGCCAUAUUUUAAGGAUAAGGGAGAUAGUAAUUCAUCAGCCGGAUGGAAGAAUUCAAUUCGCCACAAUCUGUCGCUGCACAAUCGUUUCAUGCGGGUACAGAACGAGGGUACAGGAAAAUCAUCAUGGUGGAUGAUCAACCCCGACGCAAAACCAGGGAAAUCUGUCAGAAGGCGAGCACUCUCCAUGGAGACAUCGAAGUCAGAAAAAAGGAGGGGCAGAGUUAAGAAAAAGCCUGAAGCCUUGAGAAAUGGAGUCGCAGCCGAUGCUACACCCAGUCCUAGUAGUUCAAUAUCAGAAAGUGUGGACCUAUUCCCAGAUUCUCCAAUACACAGCGGCAGCUUUCAGCUGUCACCGGAUUUCCGUCAGAGGGCGCCGUCGAACGCUUCAUCAUGCGGUCGCCUAUCACCGAUACCGUCAUUAAUACCAUCAGAGCCAGACUGGGCGACGGAUUACACGCCCGCUGGAGAUUUUACAUCGACCAGUGAUUUCACUCAAGCGGACUACGCUCAAGACGAAUUAGCUGGAACCCUCGCUGAUUCGAUGAAGCUUCACGGAGCCGACCCAUACCUUAAUACGUAUGUACCAACAACAUCAUCGUCUGGUAACUAUCGCUUCCCGUACACAUGUUUGCGGCACCCACACGGUGGCUGUGCGUGUACAUCUCUGUACCCCGCUCACCCCGCACACACUCACGACCACUUUGUACGACCACCGCCGCCUGCUGACUCCGCGGAUAUCAUGCAAACAGAAAACAGCCAACCUCAAAUGGUGACGACGGAUGCGGCGCUCAUGAAUGGGGGUAUUAUGGUGCAACCGGGGGCCAUGGGGCCUACGACGGUCAUGGGACAGAUCAUGGGGGCCCUCAACACUGGACUCGCUGAAGACUUAAAUAUUGAAACCUUGGAACAUAGCUUUGAUUGUAAUGUCGAAGAAGUAAUCAACCACGAGUUAAGGAUGGAUGGGACCUUGGACUUCAAUUUCCAACAGGGAAUGGCCGCUGAGGCCGAGAGUCAGUUCGUGGCCCCCGCUCCGCCAGUCCCCACGACACUCUCCGGCGGGGGGCCUCCGUAUUCCGUGGCCCCCUCUUGGGUCCAUUGA